AUGGGCGGCGAUCUCGCUUCCGGUGCCCAUCCUCUCAUCGUGCUGCACGGUGGCCCUGGCGUUUCGCGCGAGUAUAUGACACCUCUCGCCGAAAUUCACAACAAAUAUCGGCAUCAGCAAGUCCAUUUUGAAGGUGUGGCGGACAAGCCAAAAGAGUUUUGGACCGUUGAUCUCUUCGUGGAUGAGCUAGAAAACCUUGUUGCCCAUCCUCAAGUUGGUGUCCAGAAUGGCUUCGCUCUUCUGGGUCACUCCUGGGGAGCGAUGCUAGUGGCGCACUACGCCAGCCACAGAUAUCCUGGUGCCAUAUAGUCGGCAUAGUAGUAACUGUAGCGCUAGCACUACAGUAGCAUCUUGUAGCAAAUGGCUACAGUGCUACAGACCACUACACGAGUACCGCAGGAAUAAACAUAGUCAAAU